AUGAACGUCGGCAGAAAUUGGGCGUUUGCGGAAGUUGAAGCGCAAAAGUGCUACGACUAUGCCAAAGACAAAGGAGGCGACUUGGUCGGCACAAUGUACACAGCCAGAGACGUGUGGAAAAUUGUGGAUGCCCUUGGAGGCGAUCGACUGCUUCGUUUUUGGGGCAUCUCAUACGGAACUGUUGUUGGCUCAACUGUGGCGGCUUUGCACCCCGACCGCGUCGAAAGACUUGUCCUUGAUGGUGUGUCAAAUCCACAGCAGUGGUGGGCUGGCGAAACCUGGGAAAUGCUCACAGAUACUGAUAAGGUCUUCUCGGGUUUCCUCAGAACAUGUUUCGAAAAGCCUGAGACGUGUGCCUUGGCUGCCCAGAGCCCCAGUUCAAAUGCUGUGGAAAUGGAGUCUAAGAUCUACGAAAUGAUCAAUAGCCUCAAGUAUCGGCCCAUAUCUGUUCAGAGUAGUGAAGCUAUCCCCAAUGGCAUUAUUGACCACAACUUAGUCAAGGGUGUCAUCCGAAUGGGUCUUUAUUCCCCAUCCACUUACCCAACUUUGGCAGUCCGGCUUCAGCUUCUUCUUGAAGGAAACAUUGACAAGCUUCUCGAAGGAUACUCAGCUACUUGGCCAACGAACAGCCUGGGCGAUAUUGGUUUGACGAUCCCUUGCGCAGACAAUACCCUCCGAGUUGACAACCUGGAGGAAUUGAUGCCGGAGCUCAACAGAGCUGCCAAGAUGAGCCGUCUGGCGGGAGAUCUCCUGUCUUGGAACACCCACAUGUGCGCUCGCUGGAAGCUCAACUCGAAGGAGAAGUUCACGCGCGGGUUCCAUGAGCCUAUCGACACCAAGUUUCCGCUGCUCAUCUUCGGAAACGAGUACGAUGUCGUCACUCCCUACGUGUCAGCCAGGAACAUCAGCACGUCCUUCCCUGGAAGCUCUUUGGUCAAGUACAACGCUUUUGGUCAUGGCAUUCAAGCACAACCGUCGAUCUGCAUCGUCAAUACCAUGCAGAAGUAUCUUGAACAAGGAAUACUACCUGCUGAAAACACAGUCUGCGAGCCCGCUACACAUGUUUUUGAGUCGCAGGAUUGGGCGACCCUCUGGUCGGAGCUUGAGUAUCAGAGACUGAACUCCGCAGCUUAG